AUGGCAACCAUUAAAAAGCCCCUCAACGAACUACCAUCGCGUUCUGGCUCAUGUGGCAUUUCCCAAGCUUCAGUGCAGGAUCGACCAGGCUCUAUGGUAGAUAAAGAUAUUCUAGAGGCUAGCUCAACUAAAGAUUUGCAACCAGGUGUUUUUACUAUACAAGAUAGGGCAAUACUGCAGAAUAACCUUGAGGAAGUUAAACUGAAGGAUUUAGGAUGGAGCAGAAAUUCUGCUGAUAUUCCAGAGUUAUUCUUUGAUCGACUGAAUAAUAAGAAGUUCUGGACCCUUCUCACAAGAUUUAACAAGGAAAUCUUUCAUGUCAAAGUCUCACAAGAAGAGCCUAAGGGGGGUCUUGAUUUCCAGACAUCAAGUCAACAAGAAUUUUCAUCUGAGAAGCUACGAGCAAUCGUGGAAAGAUUUUACAUGACAGUGAUUGUUGGGUUAAUUAUUUCCUGGAAGCAUCUUACACGACUGAGAUCCUGGCAUGAGCCCCGAAGAACUAUAAUGUUUGCCACUGCCUACUUUAUUUCUUGGGCCCUAGAUCUUUUAUCCCCAACUAUCAUCCUUUUUUGCAUGCUCUUAAUUGCAUACUCUCCUUUCCGUGCAUUCUGCUUUCCACCAGAACAAACAACACUCUUACAUUCUGCCAAAGAAAAAAUUUAUAAAAACAUCCCGGAAAAAUAUCAAGAUAAGGUUUUAGUGAAUGAGCCAAGAGAGAGUUAUGAAGAGACCUUGGAGGCCGAAGCUAUAAACUUUGUUAAUAGCUUUGCUAUGAUUGCUUACAGUGCUAAAGCGGCGACUGGAAGACAUCCACAGGAAGAUUCGCUUAAAGAGGAUAAAUCAGCAAGUAGCUUGGGAGAACACAGUCCUGAUCCUGCAAGUAUCGCUAUCCAUGCUGUAGAUGCAAACGAGAAGACAAAAAGCGGAAAAUCUGAUGACACGUAUAAUAAUUCCAAGGAUCUUAUGUUUAAUUUCAUGAGCUCUAAGACAAAGAUCAUUAUGCAAAUAAUUAGUAAGAUUUCCGAUGAAUGGGAGAGAAUUGGAAAUUCUCUUUCACCGACACCACAGCUACAAAUUGAAAAUUCUCGGUUUAGGAUUGCCUGUGUUUUGGGAGUCUUUUUGUUGAUCUCUCUGUUUGCAAGCCCGUACAUGGUUUUCAAAGUAGGUAGUCUGUUGAUAGGUUGUGCGCAAUUUGGAGAUCCACUGAUACAGAGAUGUCAUAUAUUCCUAGAUCAUAACUUUCCAAAUUGGCGGGGACUACUAGAGCUUCAAAAUAACAUACUCAGGGGCGUCCCCAAUAACGCUCAACUCACUAUCACACUGCUCAGAAUGGGCGAGGCCGACAAGGCUCCUCUUCCUCCCCCCCCCUCGAUGAGACCUGGACAACAUCUGCAGAGGUUAAGCUCGCACGUCGAGAGAUCUGAUUCCACGGCUGAUGGAACAGGCGCUAUGUCUUGUUCGUCGAUACCACUAGAUAAGACCGAUCCGAAAGAUAUAUCAAGCCAGAAGACGAGGAAUUAUAACCACUUGAUGGUCACUGCCGUCAAAAAAAUUUCGAAAGGGAUUAUCGGAACAGUUCUUAGCACUGAUCACAUUAAAGCUGCCGCUGGUGUCGAAAAUGCAAAGAAUCGGCUUGGUAUUUUGAAGACUGGUAGUGAAACACCCGCUGGUCCAACAUGCUUCCCCAGUAGGUUUGAAGGGGUCCGUGGUAAUGCCUACAUAACCACAGUGCUUAACGACUCAACUUUGAGCUGGUCACCGAUAAAAUGUGAAGGCAGUGCAGUUUUUUCUAUCUCUCUGUGCAACAUUCGAGAGAUAAAGAAGGUAGGUGGUCUUGAUUGGAAGUCGAAGUUGAUUGUUGGGUGGCUCACAUCGCGGGAGAUUGCUGAUGGGUUGGUAAUUAUCGAUAAAGACGGAACAUCGAGGCAUUUGACAGCCAUGUCCGCAAGAAACGAGCUUUUUAAUCGAUUGGUAGCCAUGGGUACGCAAAAAUGGGAGGUGUGGUAG